AUGAAUCAAGAAAUCUACGAAGAACUACUCUUCGCAAGAACUUUGAUAACCGACACUAAAGAUUUUGAAUUUAGAUUUGAGGAUAUUUUGACUAUGGUAAUACCACCGUGGAUAAUUAAUCCAUAUGGUGACAUAGAAGAAACGAAUGUCAUAAUACAAGAGGAACUGACUGAACUAAGUACAAACGAAGAACUGGAGGUUCAGUUUAAAAACGGAUAUCAGCAAUUCUGGCUGCAAAACAACAUACCCGUUACUUAUCCCAUUCGAGAUGAAUUCAAUCUUUAUUGGGCUAAUGUCAUUCUCAGAUAUAUCUAUAUCUAG